UACACACAAACUCACAACCAGCUUCUAGUUAAAUUCAAAGGAAGCCUUUCAUCUCCGCUCAAAAUAAAGAUGGUGAUGAAGUUGCUGAAUCAUGCGCAGCUUGCUCUCAUCUUUGGCCUCUUGGGCAACAUUAUCUCAUUCAUGGUGUUCCUGGCUCCUCUGCCGACAUUUUACACCAUCUGCUACAAGAAGAAAUCGUCAACAGGGUUCCACUCGAUACCAUACCUGACAGCACUAAUGAGCGCAAUGCUGCUGUUGUACUACGGAUUUCUCAAGACGAAUGCAACCCUCAUCAUCACCAUCAAUGCAAUCGGAUGUGUCGUUGAAGUUAUCUACCUCUCCCUCUAUCUUCUCUACUCGCCAAAGAAAGAACUGGUGAUCAGCAGCUAUAUAUAUAUAUAAGCAAUAUAGCAUCAUCCUUUCCAACUUUGUUUAUCACAUCUUACCACACAAAUCGACUGAUACGAUCAUGUUUCGUUUUCCACACUCGAUCGAUCGUCAGAUGUUCACACUGAAGGUGCUGCUUUCUUCCCUGGGAGCGUACGGCUUGAUGAUGCUCGUCACAGUUUUUCUGGUUCAUGGAUCCGCUAGGGUGAACGCAGUUGGAUGGAUAUGUGCCGCCUUCAACAUAGCGGUGUUUGCUUCGCCAUUGAGCGUAGUGAGGAAUGUGAUAAAGACCAAGAGCGUGGAGUACAUGCCGUUUUCAUUGUCGGUGUUCCUCACCCUUUGUGCGACGGCUUGGUUCUUCUAUGGACUUCUGGUCAACGAUUACUACAUUGCACUGCCAAAUGUGCUGGGGUUCCUAUUUGGGGUAGCUCAGAUGGUACUCUACUUUGUUUACAAGGAUUCAGCUUCAUCGAAAAGGAGAGUUGUGGACUGUGAAACAGGAAAGCAGCAGCAGCAGGAGGAGGAGGAGGAGGAGGAAGGCAACUGUGGUGGUGCGCAUGUUGUUGAAGUGGCAGCAGGGGAUCAGCAAAUGAGGGUGGAGAUGACGAGGAACUGACGAUUUUUUUCUUCUUUUUAUAGUAGUUGCUGGGUUUGAGUAUGGAAUAAUUGGGCGUUCGUCGAGCCUGUCAUGUCGCAAGCUUGCAAACAGGGCCGUGCUCUGUCUGGGAGCAGAGUUAUUUUCAGUUUGAUACACGAGAAUCCUAACUUUGAGUUUGAUUGUUGUUGUUGUUGUUUUUUUUUUUUUCCUGCUCGGUCAAUUCUCACUGUUUUUCCUUCUGUUUAGUAUCACUAGAAUUGUGUUCUAACUAUUUAUAUUCCGAUGUUUUCGUUCGGUCAAUUAUCAUUGUUAAAGUUUAACAGAAAGUACGUUAAUUAUGAUGUAACAAUUGACACGAAAUAUUUUAGACAAAC